AUGGAGCCUCUCCACUUGUGUCACUAUGCCACACACCAAUACAAGUUCUCCACCAGUGAAUGCAGCCAGCGGUUGGCCAAGAUUGUGCCCUACGCCAUGUUCAACAAUGGGCAGUGUUGGGGUAUCAAGUGCAAGGAUCCCAGUACCUACCUGUCCAAUGUUGUGCCAAAGGACAAGUUCACAGGGCACAUGGCUUGCAAUGCCAUACUGGGUGAUGAUGACAAGACUGUGGUGUUCAUCACCCAAUCCAAUGCCAUGUUCAGCAUCUGGAUCCUUCCACCUGACCAUGUGCAAGGUUGUUGA